AUGGCAUCUGCAUGGCAUGACCCACUUAUGGUACUCUGGAGAUGGACACUGGUGCCCUCAUUACUUGUGCUGUGUCUUAGCUGGACACAUACUCUCGGAGAUGAUGAUGGCUUCAUUGCAGAGUCCUGGCUCCGGACAUACGGCUACCUCCCCCAGGCCAGCAGGCAGAUGUCCACCAUGCGAUCGGCUCAAAUCCUGUCCAACGCCAUCAGUGACAUGCAGAGAUUUUACGGUCUGGAGAUCACAGGAGAAAUGGACCCAGCAACUAUUAAAGCCAUGAAGAAACCCCGCUGUGGAGUUCCAGAUAAGUUUGGGGGUCAAAUUAAGGCAAACGUUCGCAGGAAACGCUAUGCUCUGACCGGCCACAAGUGGAACAAAACACAUUUGACUUUCAGUAUACAAAACUACACUCCAAAGAUCGGGGAGUACAACUCAUAUGAAGCAAUUCGUAUGGCCUUUAACGUCUGGCAGAAGGUAGCGCCGUUGACCUUCGAAGAAAUCCCCUAUUUGGAGGUUAAAUACGGGCGGCGAAAGGAACCUGACAUCAUGAUCUACUUUGCCUCUGGUUUUCACGGCGACAGUUCACCAUUUGAUGGAGAAGGUGGCUUCUUGGCGCACGCUUACUUCCCUGGUCCCGGAAUGGGUGGUGAUACGCACUUUGACUCAGACGAGCCGUGGACAAUCCGUGAUGAGAAUUUGCAAGGGAAUGAUCUGUUUCUGGUAGCAGUGCACGAGCUGGGUCAUGCUCUGGGCCUGGAGCACUCUAAUAAUCCCUUGGCUAUUAUGGCUCCAUUCUAUCAGUGGAUGGAUACGGAAAACUUUCAGCUUCCGGAGGACGAUCUCAAGGGGAUCCAACAGAUCUAUGGUCCUCCUAACAGCUCUCCAACUAAGGCUCUACCUACGGUGACCCCUCGCCGUCCCAAUGCACCGAAAAACCCACCGGUAGCUCCUCCACGCCGCCCAGACCGGCCACGCACCACCGAUCGCCCGGAUCAGUAUGGGCCCAACAUCUGUGAGGGCAACUUUGAUACGGUCACCAUGCUCCGUGGAGAAAUGUUUGUUUUUAAGGGUCGCUGGUUCUGGAGGGUGAGGAGAAACCGGGUGCUGGAUAACUACCCCAUGCCCAUUAGCCACUUCUGGAGGGGCCUGCCAGGAGACAUUGAUGCAGCCUACGAAAGGCACGACGGCAGAUUUGUGUUUUUUAAAGGAAAUCGGUACUGGAUCUUCCGGGAGGCCAACAUGGAGCCAGGCUACCCUCAGGACCUGGUGGAAUAUGGCAGGAACAUUCCUUAUGACAAGAUAGAAACAGCUAUCUGGUGGGAACCAUCAGGCUACACCUAUUUCUUUAAAGGAGACAGGUACUGGCGAUUUAAUGAACAUUCGCGAUCUGUGGACCCAGAAUACCCUAAACCAAUCAGCGUGUGGGAUACAUCAGUGCCCGUUUCUCCCAAGGGAGCCUUUCUCAGCGAUGAUGGAGCAUACACAGUCUUCUACAAAGGCUCAAAGUACUGGAAAUUCGACAACCACCGAAUGAAGAGCGAGCCUGGCUACCCCAAAUCCAUCCUGAAAGACUUCAUGGGCUGCAGCGUGGACCUGGAUCUGGACAGAGACACAGAUGUGGACCCGGGCCGCAAAUGGCCUGACCGACCACCUUUUAACCCUGAUGCUGGACGAGACAAAGACAAGGAGAAGGACAAAGACAAGGAGAAGGACAAAGACAAGGAGAAGGACAAAGACAAGGAGAAGGACAAGGACAGGGACCGUACCAAUGAUGUGGACUACAAAGAGACGAAAGAAGAGGAAACAAACGAGGUGGACGUGGUGGUGAAGAUCGAUGAGACGGAGCGCACCAUGAACAUCAUUAUGGUGACUGUACCCCUGGUCUUGGUGCUGUGCAUCCUGGCACUCAUCUACGCUAUCAUCAAUACACUGCAGAGGAAGGGGGCACCCAAAUACUUGGUGCGCUGCAAACGCUCCAUGCAGGACUGGGUGUGAAUUAGGACGCUUCAACUCUGACCUCCAAACCCUUGACCUCCAUAUCAGUCGUUCAUUUUCAUCUCGGUGAUAUACUUACAUUGCGCACACACACACACACACACACACACACACACUACUUAUUUUCUGUUACCCAUGGUGCUUACCUAAUGAGUUGACUGUAGUCUAUUUAUAAGAGAGUUUGCACAUUUUGUUUUGUUUUCCUUACUUUACAUGGUAUUGGUUUGUUUUUUACCCCCUCGGUUCACACUGUGUGCACAUUUCUAUAAAUAAGGACGUUUCUUUGUGCCAUGCUAAACUCAGAUCUGCCAUCUGGCUUAGCACUCAUGUCUGGAAGAGGAGGAGAGAAAUCAAAAGUAUGCACCGUACAAAAGUCAGUCUAUUAUCGAGUGAUUGCUUAAUAGAGCUCAACAGUGACCAUCCACUUUUCAGCUACUUUCUUUCUGGAAGUAAAUUUCCUAUUUAUUUUAUUUAUUCUGUUGACAUUUUAGAAAUAU